GCGUCUUCUGAGCGCCGAGUGCAUCGAGCGGCGCCAGGAUGAGCGCUUCGGGGUCGUUCCGUCUCCUGGACGCGUCGCGACCCCCCCGUGACUCUUCCGCGCUCGUUCCGCUCGCGACGUCAUAAAUACCGCGGACGCGUCGUCUCGUCGUCGUCGUCGUCACUGUCAUCGCGAUCGUACCGAGGCGGGCGGGCGGGCGGGUGUAUAAAUGCGGAGCGCGGUCGAAAGGAAAUCUGCGGAGAGAAGAGACAGCAGCCCUGUGCGGUUGAAGCCACCCGGCUUUAUCCUCCCCUCCGCCGCGAUCUCUUCCUCCUCCUCCUCCCUCUUGUGUUCCACCUCCUCCUUCUCCACCUCCCCUCGCUCCACCGCCCCCUCCCUCCCCCCGCGCCGGCUACCGUCAACUCACAAGCGUCGCGCGUCGGCCUCCGAACGCGUCGAGUCAUCUUCUCCGAGCCGAGUCCUUUGAGAAGGCAAGGAAGGACCUUGCCGAGCUCCUCCUCGGGAUGGGGACGGAGCGCGACGAGAAGCGCGCGACCCGCGCCUGCUGGGUGCGCGAGACGCCGUGCGGACGCUUCCUCGCCACCGCCACCACCCCCCAAGUCCUCCUCCUCCUGGCCGCCGCCGUCGCCCUGGUCGUCGUCGUCGUCGUCGUCAUCGUCGUGAUCGUCGCCGCGGUCGUCUCGACGCACGGCGGCGGAGACGGCGGCGCCGCGCCGACCGACGGCGCUCCCCGCCUCUUCCCUGCCGACGACAAUUGCCCGGAUCAGAACUUAUCCCUGUCACCUUGGCGACCGGGCUUGGACGAGUCGAGGAAGGUGGUCAUCGGCGAGGGUCAGUUCCUGCGCCUCGAGGAGUCGGCGUCGUUGGAUUCCAUCGAGAUCCGGGAUGGAGGCAAGCUGGUGUUCGCGGACCGGCCCGGCCUGCACGUCGCCCUGCGCGCGCGCCACGUGCUCGUGCACGCCGGCGGGGAGCUGCACGUGGGGGCGCGCGCGUGCCCGUACCGCGCGCGCGCCACCAUCGCGCUCUACGGGCGCGCGGACGAGGGCCUCCCCGUGCCGGGCUACGGCAGGAAAUUCAUCGGCGUCGGCGCCGGCGGCGUCCUGCAGCUCCACGGGCGGCCCGCGCUGUCGUGGACUCGCCUGGCGCGCACCCUGCACCCGGCCGGGUUGCCCCACGGCGAGUACUCGUUCGAGUGGCAGUGGGGGAGCCGGGGCAUCAACGUGCGGGUACUGGACCCGCUCGAGGCACAGCUCCUCCACUCGGAGCGCUUCGACACCCACGAGUCUCCCACUGAGUCGCAGCGCCUCCUCCGCUUCCUGCGAGCGCUGCCUCCCGGCACCGUGGUGGCUGUGGCCGUGGGCGACUCGGCGGCCAAGAGCCUGGGGCGAGAGGCGCGGCUCGAGGUCGGGAGCAUCACGGGCAGCAGAUUCGUCGCCGAGCUGCAGUACCGAUACUCGUGGGCUAUGGUGGCAGUGAUCGGGGGGCCGGGCCCCCCACAAGAGGACCUCCGGGAAUACCGCAACAUGGACUCGCACGGGGUCGCCUCCGCCAGCCACGUGUUCCGAACAACCGACGGGAGCAACUACAGCGUGACGGCCUACAGCGCCUGGGAGGAAGGCAUCCCUCGCUGUGGGUUCCGCGUGGAGCUGCUGGGGUCGCCGCUGCUGACCCUGGCGGAGGACGUGCGGUCGUGGCGCGCGGGCGAUCGCGUGGUCGUGGCGAGCACCGACUUCUCGAUGCACCAGGCGGAGGAGUUCACGCUGCUGCCGUGCCCCGAGUGCGCCGCCAACCAGGUCAAGGUGGACGGCAAGCCGCGGUUCACGCACGUGGGCGAGGUGGUGGACGGCGUGGACAUGAGGGCCGAGGUGGGGCUCCUGACGCGGAACGUCGUCGUCCAGGGGGAGAUGGAGCCCAGCUGCUACGGGGACAACGCCUGCCGCUUCUUCUCCUUCGACACGUUCGGCGGGCACAUCAAGGUGACGGCGAACUUCUCCGCGGUGGAGCUGUCGCACGUGGAGCUGACGCGCAUGGGGCAGCAGGUGCUGGGCAGCUACCCGCUGCACUUCCACAUGUGCGGCGCAGUGGACGAGCCGGCGCUCUACCCCACGCCGCCCGCCGUGGUGGGGCUGGCGGUGCACCACUGCUUCUCGCGCUGCGUCACCAUCCACGGCACGAGCGGCCUGCAGGUGAACGACACUGUCGGCUACGACACGCUGGGCCACUGCUUCUUCAUGGAGGACGGUGCGGAGCAGCGCAACACGCUGGCGCGCAACCUCGGCCUGCUCACGCGGCCCGGCACGCUGCUGCCCACCGACCGCGGCGACGCCGCUUGCUCCGCGCUGCGGGGCGCCGUGCACCCGGGCUACACGCCCAACCCCAGCGCCGACUGCAUGGCCGUCUCCACAUUCUGGAUUUCCCAUCCCAACAACAACCUGAUUGACAACGCCGCUGCGGGCGCUCAGGACGUGGGGUUCUGGUUCGCGUUCCACCGCGUGCCCACGGGGCUCUCGGCUGGCGCGCUCCCCGAGGGUCACUCCGAGCUGUCGCCGCUCGGGCUCUUCCGCAACAACCGCGCGCACUCCAACAGCAGGGCCGGGGUCUUCCUGGACAAGGGGGUGAAGGUGACGCCCGCGAGCGCCCAGAGCCCCCGGGAGUUCCUGUCCCUCGUCACGGCCAGGUACCGGCCCCACGAGGACGCCGACCCCGCCAAGCCGGCCGUCGCUGCCGUCUUCGACCGCCUCGUCGCGUUCCGCAACGACCACGGGGCCUGGCUGCGCGGCGGAACCAUCUCCGUGCGCAACUCCGCGUUUGCUGACAACGCGAUCGGCAUCACCUUCGCCAGCGACGGGACUUUCCCGACGGACGAGGGCUCCAGCCAGGAGGUGACUGACUCGAUCUUCGUCGGCGAGAGCGGGAACCUCGGCACCAACGGGGGCCAGAACCGGUUCUGGGGCGCGGGCGCCGACGGGCGGUUCCGGACGAUGGCUCGCACCUCCUCGUUCCCGGUGCGCGGCGUGCAGCUCUACGACGGGCCGUGCCGCGUCGAGCGCUGCACCUUCCGGCACUUCGCGCCGACGCGCGACCGCCGGAGCAGUGCCAUCGGCUUCUUCCUGCGCAACGUGUGGCAGAUGACGCCGCAGAACAACGUGUCGCGCGUGCGCAUGGACGACUCGGUGAAGCUCAGCGUGAACUUUGGGAAACCCGGCCCGUGGUUUGAGGACAACGACCUGGACGGCGACAAGAACUCCAUAUUCCACGACGUGGACGGUUCCGUGUCGGGCUUUCCCGACUCCCACGUGGCGCGCGCGGACAAUGCCCUGCUCUGGACCCCGGCCUGCCACAUGCAGAGCGACUGGAAUGCCAUGAUCUGCCCGGGACGUUACGCACAGCUGUACGUGCAGGCGCGGCGGCCGCAGAACCUCACGCUUUCCGUGCGGCGCGAGCGCUCAGCGGGGGCGGACGCGGGGGUCAUGACCCUCCGGGGACUCUAUCCGCCGUCGGGCGGCACCGCCGCCUUCCAGCAGUACCAGCCCGUGGUGCAGCUGGGCACCGACUACUCGCUGCGCUGGGACGGGCCCUCGCCGGACGAGGUCACCAUCUACCUCGUCAACUUCAACAGGGGUGACUGGGUGCGCGUGGCAUUAUGCUACCCACGCGGCACCACCUUCUCCGUCGUGUCCGACGUGCACCAGCGCCAGCUGUCGCAGGUGCACGGGGCGCAGCGGCUGCAAGCGGCCGCCUCGCCCGACGCCCUGCGCACCGCCCACGGGCGCCGUCUCUACUUCCACGACGCCAGCACCGGACUCCUGCACCUGCACGUGAGCUCGCGUCGGGAGCGCCACGGCAACGCCUACUGCUCCACGACGGGGUGCGAGCGCGUGCGCAUCAUCGCCACGCCGCCCCGUGGCACCGCCGCCUCCACGCAGCCCGCCACGUGCCAGGAAGCCAGCGACGCCACGGCCGCCACGGCCACCGCUGCCACCGCCACCACCGCCGCCACCACCGCCGCCCCGACGUCUCGCGGUCUCUCUCCGGCCGAGUCCUCCCCGUCCCCCCACACCGAGUUUGCCCGCGACCGCCUCCUGAGCCCCGUGACUAGGCCGUGCCCAGGCUGUGGGGCUCCACAGCUGCUGAUAACGAGCGACCCGCACCGCACCUACCUGCCCAUAGACGUCCACGUGGCGGAGCCCGGGGAGAUUCGCGAUGGGGGGAGAGUCACAAACUACGUGGAGGUGAACGGCACUCGCCUGGCGCUGGACUCGCCGGGCCUCCUUGUGGUGGCCGUCGACGCCUGCAGCGGCCGACUUCUCUCCAAGAAGACGCUCCGAACGCCGCUCGUCAACGUCACGAGAUUCACGCUCGCGCGCCUCCCCAAGAGGUCGGUCGUGGUGCUCGCGUCCGGCCAACUGAACCAAAUGCCAGCGGACGACCUAGCGGCUGCGCUGCUUCUGAUCGGAGCGCCCAGCGGCGUUGUGCCCUUCCCAGGAGGGAGCCUGGCGAUGGUGGGCUACCUCGGAGACUCUACUCCACCACCCUCCUGGGUCAAGCUGACCUCUAAGUUGCCGGGCAGCGGGGUCACCUCGCUGCAGGCCUACGUGCCGCUGGCUUGGAAGGGCUCGGGCUGCCUGGAGGCAGGGGAAAUGGGCAAAGGGGCGGCCACUGAGGAGGGCCAAGGCAAGGCCCAGGCUUCUACCUCUGGCCAGAACACUGCCUACAAACCCCGCCGGACCUCCGGCUGAGGCUUGUCGCCUUUAAGUUAUUUUAUGUAAUUCCUAUUUGAUUCAUUUUUGUAAAAAAAAAAAAAAUUCUCAGCUUACAGGUGAUAUUUUGAAGCUCGUUGUCAUGGUGCUAAAGCUGAGUUUGAUGAUUUGUUUCCCCUCACUCCCCGAGGAGGCCUAGAAGUGUAUCUCAUGGCUUUUGGUAAGCGACGGGAUUUGAGUGGCGCUAAAUUUCGGCCGGGCCUGUCUGGGUCAGUGAUCCAGAAUAUAUUUCCACGUAGCCCUUGCACAGCACAUCCAGCAAACCUUUCAAGAUGGUCGUCGCUAUGCUACCAAUCGCCUACCAGUAGGGGCCGGGCAAGCAACAACAACAACAACAAAACCUGCCUCUACAGGACAUCUGUGAAAAAGAGCUUUGCAGCUCAUUGGAUUUCUCCAGGAUAAAUAAAGAUCCUGAUUCUGAGAAAUGUUCAGAAAUAAAUUAAGUGCAGGUGUCAGCGAGCGGGCGCGUAGAUCGCCGGACUCAUUGAGAGAGCGAGCGUUGGGAUCUUCUCGGCAAUCGCGCAAACACUUUCAUCAUUUUGUUUUCUCUCCGCUUCUAUUAUAUAGCGGUGGAAGCGAUCACCGCUCAUUGAUUAGGGUUUACCCCAAUCGGCACGAUCGGCUCCUCGUUCGGAGUUCAGCCUUUUAGCUUCGUCUAGACAGCCCAGGAACUGGACGCUGUGUCGGGGUUGAUUGUGACGAUACAUUCUUCACCAUUCACGUAAAAAAAUGUUUAGCUAGGUGCUAUGCGCGCCUGAUGAUUGCUAAACGUUGUACCCACGUGAAGUGGACAGCGAGCGACCAAAACGAAGAUGAGUGGCUGCAGGUCGUGCACGUGUGUGUGCGUGUCCCACACGUGGGAUUUGUUCGGCAAUCAUCAGGCGCGUGCGGCGUGUCACGGCUUGAUUCGUACUCGAGUGCGGAGGCGAGGUGGUGAACUCACGAGGAACGGAGUUCGGGCAAAACCGUGCCAUGUUUGGCAAAGCGCAUCACGUGGUCACGCUACCGGUGGCAACAAUUAACCUCGGGAGCGUCGUGUCGUGUCGCGCGCCGCAGCUGGUGAGGUCACCGCCGCGCCCUGUCAGCGCGACGGUGCGGCGAGCCGAUGUCGCUCAACGACAGGACGCGUGGCGGUGGUGGUGGUGGUGGUGGCGGUGGUGGCGGUGGUGGUGGUGGUGGAUGGCACGAGGUGGCAUGGGAGGUUGCUCGUGUUGGCGGCGGUGGGGAUGAGGGUGUGGAGGGAAGCGAGCGAGCGAGCGCGGGAACGGUGAACGCGCGAUGUUGGUUGGAACGGCGGCUUCGUGAGGCCGGGGAUGAUUUGUGGUCGCCGCGAGUCGCUGGGCAAAAGACAAUCAAGUGGCAGUGGCGGCGUGAUCGCCAUGGUGCGCCGCGGUUUUUGUUUUAUUCUGUCAAAGGUUUACAGCUUCAGAAAGAGAAUCGUAUAUACAACAACAACAAAAUAUACCCGGCUGACAUUUUACUAAACAAAGCCAAAAGGAAAGCAAAAUCAUGUUUUCGUAAAAAAACAACAAGAUUUUUAUAAACUGCUUCAGGACGUCUUGAGGCGAGAUGCGUUACAAAAACCUGCACACCGAGCCGUUCGGCUUAUUUUGAAGCCACAAACGGUUAUAAUGGCACACUAAUCGUGCGUUAUGUGAUAAUAUAUAUUAAUAUGGGUGAUUUAUAUGGAUAGGUAUGGUCGUACGCGCGUGAUCGCCUGCACGGGUUUUGAAAUAUGAUUUUAAAUUACGUUCUACAAAAAAUGGUGAGAAUUGAUCUGGGUAGCGAGGGUGGGUGAGUGAGUGGUUGAGUGGGUGAUAGUAGUGAUGGUCAUGGGCCUCCCCUAAUUCGAGCCUCAAAUGAGCACCUGGUGUGGUGCGUAAACAUCGACCACUGGGGGAGACAAAGGCGGCCGGGCGUGGUGUUGGCCACCAUCCCCUUUGCGGGGGCGUGCCGGCCUUCGUAGGUGCUACUCGCUAACUGCACUUGCCCCUGCAGCCUGCUGAGGCUAUACGGGGGAUCUUUGUCGUUGGUGGCGGUGGUAAGGUUGAGCAGGAGCCAGCUUAUUCGAGACGCGCGGCACCACGCACUUUUAUCGCGACAUUUUAAAUCUCAGUCGACGUCUAAUAAAUUGUAUUUUUGUGAGCAUACCCCCCCAACCCGCAACCCUGCCCCCCCGUCCCCCCCCCCCCACAACGUGUAAUGUUGAUUAAAGAUUCGUUGAAACAGA